UUCAAUUUUGUUUGUGAAUCGUGUUAAACGUAAAUGUUUUAAAAUCACAAAAUGUUGUUUGCGUGACGAACGUUUAACCGUAAAAAUAAAUCUAAUAUAUGUAAUGGAAAGUUUGGAAUUCAGGCAAAUUUAUUUAUGACUGCUUAUUUCUUCAGCGAUUGUUCUAGAUAACUUCGUAGAUUCUGAGAAAAAUCCUCCAUAUAAACUUAAAAAUGGAAAAUACAACGAUACCUCUGCAUUUAGAUCCUGUCAAGCCAAUGGAUGUGUGUGAUAAGAGGCUCUGGAUUGGCAAUUUGGACACCAGAGUUAAUGAGUAUCAACUACUGAAAAUGGUCCGCGUGUACGGCAAUAUCGAGAAGUUCGACAUGCUGUUCCACCGCAGUGGGCCGAACGCGGGGCAGCCAAGAGGCUUCGCGUUUGUUACCUACAAGUUGAGACAAGAUGCGAUACAAGCAAUGAACUCAUUGAACGGCCAGAUGCUGGGCAAUAAACGGAUGUGCGUGAAGUUUGCUAAGAAUGCAGCGCAGGAGGAGGACAAACCAAAGCCAGAACUCGGAAUAUCAGCGCUAACAGCAGCGAAACCGGAGUUGAAGCUGAGCAAGAAAACAGUAAUACAGUCAAUAGAAGCUAAACUGAAAAUGAUGGAAAACAUGAAAGCAGGCGAUGAUUUCGUUAUUAAUAAAUUAGCGGCACACGAAGCGCCGAUCAUAACACAAUAUCAGUCAAAAAACCAUCAGCCAAAUAAAACCCUAACAUCAUUUAAAAGAAGGCAUCCAUACCAUAAAAAGAGAUAAAAAAAAUAUUUUUUUUACAUGUA